AUGGUGGACAAUCAUGUCCAACCAGAUCUCAAUGAUGAUACGAAGAAACCGAAAGUGGUAAAAUCAUACGAUCAUUCAUCCCAUCCCACUCGGCAUAUAGCACUUUUGUUCGCAUACAACGGUUGGCCUUAUUCCGGUGUCGCAUACCAACUCCCUCCUGCUCAACAAGCCAAAGAUCCUCUUCCGACCGUCGAAGGUGAAUUAUUGAAAGCUUUGGAAAAGACCAGAUUGGUAAGGCCUAAUGUGGGUUUGGAAGGGUGUGGAUAUGGUCGAUGUGGACGAACAGAUAGAGGGGUCAGUUCAGCUGGACAGGUGGCUAGUCUAUGGGUUCGUAGUGUCAGAAAAGACGGAGUGAAGUUAGGUGCUUGGAAGGAAUCUAGUAAUCAUUCUUCCUCUACUCUCGAAUCAAAUUUGACACGAUUGAACGAAGAGACAGAGAAAGUUCGGAAUGAGUCAAGUAAGAGAAUCAAGAGCAAGACUACAAAAGAAGAAGAAUUGUCUUAUCCUAGAUUAUUGAAUUCAGUUUUACCACCCUCCAUCAGAGUAUUGGCUUGGGCACCGGUGGAAGAAGAUUUCGAUUCUAGAUUCUCAUGCGAGUAUAGACAUUACAAAUAUAUCUUUCAUCGAAAGAUCCCUGGCUUUCAUUCCACUCCUAACAAACAUCCCCCCUCGAGAGAACUCGACAUACCCCUAAUGACUCUCGCCGCUCAAAGUUUGAUAGGUACGCACGAUUUCCGAAACUUUUGUAAACUUGACGGGUCAAAACAACUCCUUUCACACGUUCGUCGAAUCCUCCAGGCGUACUUUGAACCUUCUUCUCCAGACACGAUAGUCUUCAACUUGAUUGGUACGGCCUUUCUAUGGCAUCAAGUUCGUCAUAUCGUCGCCAUUCUAUUUCUCAUUGGAUCUCAUUUGGAGUCACCUACACUCGUCUCGAAUCUUCUGGACGUCGAAAAAUUCCCCGCGAGACCUAAUUACGCAAUGGCGCAUCCUUUGCCUCUGACGUUGUGGGAAUGCAAAUAUGAUCCGGAGCCUGAUUGGAGGUAUGGACCAUAUGACGGACCUUGGCGAGGAUUAUCAAGGGAGGAGAAGGAAAAAGUGCGCGAAGGAGCAGAGGGAAAAAGAAGAGGUUUGGAAAGAGAAUUGGAGAGUAUGAAACAGGAGGCCGAAACGAAGGCUUGGCAGAUUGGGAAUAUGCAAAGAUCUUUGAGAAGGGUUUUGGCAGAUAGCAGGGCCGAAGGAGCAAUACACAGGACGACAAUCUAUCCCACGGGGGCAGGAGAGGUAAUGAUGCAUUCGGCGGGAAAGUAUAAAAAGGUGGAGAAGAGAGAAAUGGGACCUACACCGGAAGAAGUCAAUAGAAGGUGGUUAGAGGGGAGAGGGGCGGCAAAACUUUCACCGAGCCAAGACGACGAGUGA